UUCCAACACCAAAUCUAACCCUGGCAUUCCCCUUUGCCCUGCCCAUGCCCUUGGCCAAAGUCCCUCUCCUCCUUCCUUGUGGGCUCCUGUCACCCAGUUUGUUCAGCCCUGGGCUGUGCGUGAUAGGAAAAAGUCCAAAGCCUGCAAUUUCCCUGGACAGACAUCACACCUAGGAAUUCUUGGCUUUUCCUUGCCUCCACACCUUGGACAUGUCAGGUCUGGAACGUUUUGGGGGCUCCUGGACUGCUCAGGAUCUGUGUGCUCAGGAACUCUGCUCCCACAGGGAGGCUCUCAGGACACGGGUGACAGUGUGAGAGCAGGGGCGGUGACUUUGUGGCACAGCCCUUUUCCCUUUUCCUCCGAGGGUGGCACAGGUGUGUCUGUGUGUCUGUGCAGCCCAGGGACAGCGGGAGCACACCUGGCACAGCAGGAUCACACCUGGCAUAGGAUCACACCUGGUACAGCAGGACCACACCUGGCACAGCAGGAUCAGCACAGGAUCACACCAGGCACAGGAUCACACCAGGCACAGGAUCACACCUGGCACAGCAGGAUCAGCACAGGAUCACACCAGGCACAGCAGGAUCAGCACAGGACCACACCUGGCACAGCAGGAUCAGCACAGGAUCACACCUGGCACAGGAUCACACCUGGCACAGGAUCACACCUGGCCCCAGCCCCAGGAGCUCCAGCAGCACUGAGUUCCUGAUGAAAUUUGGAAAUUGCUGCUGCCACAAGGGCAGGCUGCCACUGUCCUCUGGGCAUUUGAUCUCUCCAAGAGCCUCACCUGGGCCCGUGUGGGGCCGUGCCAGCCCCGGGCACACAAAGGGCUCCAUUGUGGCUCCUGCCCGUGCCGGGGCUGGGCAGGAAGGGCCGUGCUGGGCACUGACAGCAGUGCUCACUCCUGCUCCCUCCUCAGGUUUCCUGGACAGGUAUUUAUGGCCCCCGGACACACGGCCAGGCUCCCCAGCUGUGCCUGGGGCCGGGAUCAUGCCCAGCCCGUGUGUGGGCAGGAGGCAGAGCAGCAGCAGCCAGGCGCUCGCCUGAAGUGGAGGAUGGAAGGAGGGGACGGUGCCGGCCGUGCUGCCCCUGCUGACAGGAGGGCCACAGCACAGUUCCCAGCUCCCUCCAGGACCUUCUGGAUCAUCCUGUCUGUUGCCUUGUUGUUUUUUGUGGUUGUUGGUGUCAGUGUCGUGGGCGUUCUCAGCUCCUCCCCCAGCUCUGCCCAGGCUGGCUCCCAGCUCCUCCGAGUGACACUCCAGGGCCAGCAGGACCCGCUGAGGAACCAGACAGCCGUGGUGGACAAGGCCAGGAGCACUGUCACCUACUACAUCACCUCGCAGAGCAACCAGAGCGCCGUGGUGCUGUACGACAGCAGCAACGGCUACGUGUGCUACAAGCCGCUGCAGCAGCGAGCCUGCUACCUGAGGAGGAUGGAGCCCUGGGACCUGCAGACCCUGCAGACGGCUCUCAACACCUCUGAGCACAGCGCUGAGCAGCUGCUGCAGCCCAACAACCAGACCCAGUUCUACCGGGAGUUCCUGGGCAUCGUGGCCGGGGAGCAGCUGGAGCCCAGGGGGCUGGGGCAGGCUGUGCAGAGCCUGUGUGGGCACAGCUCCAUCUUCUGGGUGCGCAGAGGCCACGGGCCGGGCAGGCAGCGCCUCAUCUACCUGUGCAUUGACAUCUGCUUCCCCAGCAACAUCUGUGUCUCCAUCUGCUUCUACUACCUGCCCGAGUAGGUGCUGCAGCCACGGCCGCCCUCUCUGCCCUCAGACUGGAACUGGACUCCUGAAAAGCCUCUGACUUCCACGAGGAAGGAACACCCACAGCACCCCCAGAGCUUCCUGCUGAUUCCGUGCUGCAGGUCAGGAGUUUAGGGAAGCAGCAUCAGGAGAGUUUAGGGAAGCAGCAUCAGGAGAGUUUAGGGAAGCAGCAUCAGGAGAGUUUAGAAAAGCAGCAGCAGGAGAGUUAAGAGAAGCAGGAGGCCUCUGCUCAGCCCUGUCAGCACAGACUCUGCAGCUCUGCUCCAGGGCUGUGCCUGGAAUUAGGAAUCAGGAGACCCAGGCCCAGAGGAAUCCCAGGAAGCAGCUGAGUUUUGGGGCUCCAGGCUCUGCUCAACACAAGGUGGUUGUUGUUACCUCUGGGGGUGGUUGGCUUUAGGAGAGCAGCUCUCCAAGUCACUCUGAAACACUCUGAAUAAAGGGAUUGCAAACCAAGACAAGAGCUGCUUCUCCUCUUUGCUCAGCCUCUCCCAUCACUGGCAAAGGCUGAUGUUUAUUUUUUCCCACUCU